AUGGUCAUCGUUGACCAUCACGAAUACCUUUGUGAAGAGGAGAAACGCUUGAAGGAGGAUAGAGAGCGGAAGAAGUAUUGGAAGAAAUGGGGUCCUUACGUUGCCGAAAGGCAAUGGGCCACCGUCCGAGAGGAUUAUUCUGAAAAUGGUGAUGCCUGGAGUCAUUUCUCCCAUGACCAGUCAAGGUCACGGGCGUAUCGUUGGGGCGAAGACGGCAUUGCUGGAGUCUCAGACACCCAUGGUUUCCAGAACAUUGCAUUUGCCUUUUGGAACGAAAAGGACGACUUUUUGAAGGAGAGGCUGUUUGGCUUGAGCAAUCCUCAAGGCAACCAUGGAGAGAGUCUCAAAGAAGCCCACUUCCAUCUCGACAAUACACCCACUCAUUCCUACAUGAAGUACCUCUACAAGCUUCCACAAAGACGAUUCCCCUACGAAGAAUUGAUCAAGGAGAACGCCACCCGAGGCAAAGCCGAGCGCGAAUUCAACAUCAUUGACUCAGAUGCGUUCAAGGAUGACCGGUACUUUGACAUCUUCAUUGAAACUGCGAAAGAGACGGACGAUCCAGAUGAACUGUUGUUUCGGAUUACCGCCUACAACCGCGGCCCAGAGCCUGCCCCUUUGCACAUCAUUCCGCAUGUCUGGUUCAGAAACACAUGGACUUGGGGUCAUGAGUCGGAGAAGCUAAAACCCAACAUUCGCAUGGUGGGGCCUAUGACUGCUCAAACCAAGCAUCAUAAGCUGGGAACCCGCUUCUUUCAAUUGUCCCCGUCCCCAGGCUGUGGAGUCGAUUCUGAGGAUGUUCAUCCACAGUUGAUGUUCACUGAAAAUGAUACCAAUCAUGAAAAGCUAUACAAGAUCAAGAAUAAGCAGCCAUAUGUGAAGGAUGCCUUCCACAGAUGGAUUGUGGACGAAGAGAAGGGUGCUAUUAACCCUCGGUGUACGGGUACCAAAGCUGCAGCAUGGUAUGAUUUCGGACAGGGCGAAGGCGUUCCACCAGGAGAAUGUGCUGUCGUCCGAUUCCGUCUCUCCAAAAAGUAUGACGGCUACCUCAACGAAGAGCUCCUGGACGACAUCAUGGAGCAAAGGCGCCAAGAGGCCGAUGAGUUCUACUGGCGCAUUAGUCCUCUUCCCAUGGCGGAUGAUCUCAGAAAUAUCCAAAGGCAAGCGCUAGCUGGCAUGUUGUGGUGCAAACAGCACUACUAUUUCAUUCAUGAUCAGUGGGCGAAUGGUGAUCCCAAUAUGCCACCCCCUCCAGAACAACGGAGGAAUAUUAGAAAUGUCCACUGGAAACACAUGUAUCUCGAUGAUAUCUUGUCUAUGCCAGAUUCAUGGGAAUACCCGUUUUUCGCCGCUUGGGACUCGGCAUUUCAUUGUAUCCCACUUGCUAUGGUUGAUCCCGAGUUCGCCAAGAAACAACUGGAUCUAUUUACCAGAGAAUGGUACAUGCAUCCCAAUGGACAGCUUCCUGCAUACGAAUGGAAUUUCGGCGACGUCAACCCUCCUGUGCAUGCUUGGUCCGUAUUCAGAACCUUCAAGAUUGAGCGUAAGAUGUAUGGGCGUCAGGACCUCGACUUCCUAGAACGCGUUUUCCAAAAAUUGCUCCUCAACUUUACCUGGUGGGUCAAUCGCAAGGAUUUUGAUGGCAAAAACGUCUUUGAAGGAGGUUUCCUUGGCCUCGAUAAUAUUGGUCUCUUCAACCGAUCUGAACCAUUACCCACCGGUGGUGUCCUUGAGCAAGCAGAUAGCACGGGUUGGAUGGCUUUCUAUUGUCUUUGCAUGCUCAAUAUCUCUCUUGAGCUUGCCAAGCACAGACGGACCUAUGAAGACAUCGCCUCGAAGUUCUUCGAGCAUUUCAUUUUGAUCUCUGACGCCAUGUCCUUCCGUGCUGGCGGUAAAGAAAAAUCUCUAUGGAAUGAUGAAGAUGGUUUCUACUAUGAUGCCAUCUCCUGGGGUGGACCUUGGACUCAGCAGAUGCCAGUGCGGUCUCUGGUCGGCCUGAUUCCACUCUAUGCCGUGCUCACCCUCGAGCCUGAACUCAUCAAUAAGUUCCCAAAUUUCAAGCGUCGUAUGGAUUGGUUCAUUGAAAACCGUCACGAUGUUGCCGAGCGAAAUAUCGCAAGCAUGCGUAAACGUGGGAAAGAUGAGCGCCUCCUACUCUCAUUGGUGAGCAAGGAGCGCCUUGAGAAGAUUUUGAAACGCAUGCUCGACGAAACAGAGUUCUUAUCAGAACACGGUAUUCGCAGCUUGUCUAAAUACCACGAAGCACAUCCCUAUUCGAUGGAUGUGAAUGGACAAAAGUUCACUGUUGGUUACGUGCCCGGUGAUUCUGACUCGGGUUUAUUUGGUGGCAACUCAAAUUGGCGCGGUCCCAUUUGGAUGGCUGUCAACUUCCUUCUUGUCGAGUCUCUUCUUCGUUUCUACAUGUUUUAUGGUACAUCCCUACAGAUCGAGUGUCCCACUGGUUCGGGUGAGUACAUGCACUUAGGACAUGUCGCGGAAGAGAUUCAGCAUCGUCUUCAGCAUCUCAUGGUCCGGGAUAAUGAUGGUCGUAGAGCCAUCAACGCAGGGAACGACACUCUUGACUUCGACCCGCAUUGGAAGGACUACCUGUGGUUCUUCGAGUUCUUCGACGGUGACACAGGCCGUGGACUCGGUGCAUCUCACCAAUGCGGUUGGACAGGCCUGAUGGCCAAGAUGAUUCACGACACGGGUAUCAACUGUCGUCUACCUCAAACACCUCGAACACCCAGUACCGCCGCAGCACACUACUUCGAUGACAUUCUCUCUCGGGGUCUGACCAGGAAGAGCACCUAUGGUGCAAGUACGCCAGGUCUCGACGGACCUAAAGCACCGCGGAUCCGCCGGUCUAGCACAAGCCGCAGCAUCGGCAACCGAGCAAGCUUCGUGUCUAGCGUGAAUGGCGACCACAAAUCUGUCGCCGGCACGAGCGACGCCGAAGGCGGUGGUGAGAAAGACAGAUCCUAUUUCCCCGAUCUGUCCGAGUCCGAGGCCUUUGGCAGGGAGGACGCUCUUGAGCGUGAUCGCCGGCGCUCCGUCGCGGACAGCCACUAUGAGAAGUACGUGACCGAUCAGCUCACGAAGAUCAAGACGGAUGAGAGCGUUGCUGUCUAUGAGGACGAGUUUGAGGCGCAGUUAGAUUAA